AUUAUUUUAAAAUAAAUGUCCAUUAUUUCUUAUCAUCAAGUCUACAGCUAAGCAUUAAUUUUGUAUGGGACCAAUUUAUGAUCUGAAAAAUAGUAGAUUUUUUUUCUUAAACUAAUAAACUUAACAGUUAUUUCGUACUUUUGCACUCACUCAACUACGUGUGCGAAGUCGCGCCGCUAAUCCAAUAUCUACUUCUACUAAUUGUUCCCAUUAUCAGUGCAACGUCGUAUCGUUCGCUCUUCUUUCAUAUAUAAACAGAAUUAAGUCGAACGCGCCUAUCAUUAAUACUAAAUUAGCCACUACGGUGACAUCUACAAAAAUGUUUGUUUAUCUACCAACUUUAAUAACAUUCAUUUGCGGCCUUUACUUGUAUUUCACAAGAGGUUUCGACUUUUGGAAAAUAAGAAAUGUGAAAGGACCAAACCCCAUACCAUUUUUUGGCAACUACAUUGACGUAUUCUUCAGAAGAAAACAUAUUGGUGUUCUGUACCAUGAUAUUUAUAAACAAUAUCCAGAUGAAAAAGUUGUGGGCUUGUUCCGAAUGAUGUCACCGACUUUGUUGAUUCGUGACCUUGAUAUAGUGAAACAAGUGCUAAUAAAGGAUUUUGAAUCUUUUCCCGACCGCGGAGUGUACUACAGUAAGCAAAAGUUAGGAACAAAUCUUUUCCACGCCGAUGUCGAAGUGAUGAAAGCAUUAAGAAAACACCUGACAGCUGUAUUCACAUCAAACAAAUUCAAGACCAAUUUUGACAUGCUUGUUAAUCGAGCGGAGCAGUUUAGUGAAUAUAUGGGAAGAAUUAACCAGGCAAAUGGAGAAGUAAAUAUGCUGCCAGUUAUGAGAAAGUACGGUGCGGAUUCCAUUAUGAUGGCAGCUUUUGGUCUCGAUUUGAAACCUUACGACGACACCAACCCUAUAUGUGAUGUUUUGGACGAAGGGAUCCAGAAACCUAGUUAUUUCACUGAACUAGAAUUACUUUUCCCUGGUAGUCUUACAAAAUUUGAUUUAUCAAUAUUUCCUGAUAAAAUAACUCAGUAUUUUAAAGGAAUCAUUGAAGCCGGUGCGACACUUCGAGUCACAGAAAAAUCUGAAAAAAAUAGAGCUAUUGAUGUUAUGAUGGUAUUAAAAAGACAAGGAGCGGUCAAUGCCUCUAAAAAAGGAGAUGGCGAAAACGAAGCCGUGGUGGAAAUCACAGACGAGCUGUUAGCUGCUCAAGCAUUUAUCUUCUUCUUUGCAGGCUAUGGAAAUAAUUCUUUACUCACAUCUUAUGCAUUAUAUUACUUGGCAAAAAAUCCCGAAAAACAAGAUAUUUUGAUACAAGAAAUUGAUGAAGUUUUACUAAAGCACGAUGGUAAAUUUUCUUACGAAGCAUUAAAAGAGAUGAAGUACGUAGGGAUGGUUUUUGAAGAGACUUUGCGUCUACACCCUUUGACAAACGCUGUUGUUAGAAAUGCUGCGCGAGACGUCCAGCUGGAGGGUACAGAUAUAAUAAUUCCUAAAAAUACUAUUCUUGCGAUAUCUCCAUACUCAUUUCAGCAUGAUGAGAAAUAUUUCCCUGAACCAGAGAAGUUUAAACCUGAGAGGUUUUCUGCGGAAAAUGUGAGAGAACUGCAUCCCUGCGCCAUGUUAUCCUUCGGACUUGGGCCAAGGAGUUGUCUCGGUUCAAAGUUCGCACAACUCCAGUUCAGUAUAUGUAUAGUAAAGAUAUUAUUGAAAUACAGAGUGGAAUGCACCAAAAACACUCCAGAAACCCUUUCGUAUACUCCCAUGCGACUCUUACUCACUCCCAAUGAAAGAAUAAAUCUCCGAUUAGUUAGUAGAGAUAAGUCAUACUAGUUUAUAGUAAUCCAAUUAGGUUCUUUCAAUAAAUUAAUCCUGUAAAUACGCUUAGGUAUAACAAUUAAAUUAUUAUAAUUUUAAUACUCAUUCCUUGUUUUAUUCGAAUCCCUAAACAUUAAAAAGUAUUAAGUUAUAAACAUUGAUUUUCCUUGUAACGCACGCAAAGCUCGCUAUGUUACAAAACAGUCGGUUUAUCUGCGCAAACGCAUCAACACGUACUCGGCUAUCGGCCAAUCGCGUUCGAGGGCGGGAACGGAGAACGUUGCCUUUCGAAAAAAGAGCUCUGCGUUCCAUUUGUACGAUGUAUCUUUAGUUUUUAAUGAGUACUUGACAACCUUUAUGAGCUGAGGCUGGAUUUAAAAAGGUUUAAUUAUAAAACUGGGAUAAAGAUUUUUUU